AUGAAGGGUCAGUUUUCCAUCGAAUGGCUGUCUCAAAGCAGUAGCUCAGCGGCCACGCAUCCAUCGACCUCUUGGGUCCCUUCUGGACAGGAGGGGCCCAGCACAUCCGGCACAGCUUCUGAGAGUCUUCCGGGCUUCUACAGCAGAUGGAGACCGGAAAACACGGAAAAUCAGGAGACACAAGCGCAGUCGACAAACAGUUCUUUAUGUACAUCUACUCAACAGACUGGACAAAACAACAACAAUAUCACUCAUGCAUCUGAACCAGGCUUCGGCAGCAGCACGGAGGAGGAGGAGACUUCCGGGUACGAGAGUGAGGGUGGGCGUUCCCUCUCACCUGCAGCAUCGAAAGACUCCGCCCCCUCCGCGUCUCCAUCCACCGGCCGCAGACCUCGAACAGCGUUCACGGCUGAGCAGAUCAACAGUCUGGAGAAAGCCUUCAAAAGAAACGCGUACCUCGGUGCCCAAGACAAAGCAGAGCUCUGCAAAAGAUUAAACCUGUCUGAUAAACAGAUUAGAAACUGGUUCCAGAACCGACGCAUGAAGUUGAAGAGAACCGUCCAGGACAGCCUAGCUCAUGCUUGUCAGGCAAAGGUCGCCUCCCAUAUGAUGCACUACCCUGAGCUCCACAGCUUCCGACACGCUCCCUAUCCCAGCUACUACACUGGGGUUCAAGACAGCUCGGCUCCUUACGGCCAGUGUCCCCCAGCUUUUCACUACAGUCCAGCCACAGCGGGAAACAUCCAGGCACUGCCCGUGGAGACCCUGUACCAGUACAGUACCCUACAGAGCUUACCUGUCCAUCCCAGUAACCCCUCUAUGAUGGGACCAUACCAGCCUUACCACUCCCAGUACUACAACGCACAGUGAGAAAGGGAAUGCCAUAUUAAUUUCUGCCUGUCAGCCGAGACAUUUUAUUUCGCAGAAGCUUUGUUUACAUUUGUGAAUACAGGGUGAAGUGCAAUAAUG